UGCGAACUGUUUGUUGUCAUCAAGAUGGAGUUUUUAUUGGGAAAUCCAUAUAGCACUCCAGUGGGACAAUGCAUAGAAAAGGCCACAGAUGGGUCGCUUCAGAGCGAAGACUGGACACUGAAUAUGGAGAUUUGCGAUAUCAUCAACGAAACUGAGGAAGGACCCAAAGACGCCAUAAGGGCAGUGAAGAAGAGGCUGAACGGGAACCGAAAUUACCGGGAGGUGAUGCUGGCUCUCACCGUCCUGGAGACAUGCGUGAAGAACUGUGGUCAUCGUUUUCAUGUUCUUGUCGCCAAUCGGGACUUCAUUGAUGGGGUUCUGGUGAAAAUAAUUUCUCCUAAAACCAACCCACCCACUAUAGUACAAGACAAAGUGCUCGCAUUGAUCCAGGCUUGGGCAGAUGCCUUCAGGAGUAGUCCAGACCUGACCGGCGUGGUCCAUAUUUAUGAGGAGCUGAAAAGGAAAGGCAUUGAGUUCCCCAUGGCAGACCUGGACACCCUGUCUCCUAUCCACACACCACAGAGGUUGUGUGCUGUGCAGAGUGCCCCUGAAGUGGAACCGGAUGCCCACAAGUACAACCCCCCUCCCCAGUCCCAUGUGGGCACUGCGCCCCCGUUCUCUGCCACUGUUCCCCCCACCUACUCUGCACCACAGAUCCCCAGCCUGCAGGCCUCUGGGGCCAUCAAUCCCUCUGCUGAACAGAUUGCCAGGCUGCGCAGUGAGCUGGACGUUGUGCGUGGAAACACCAAGGUGAUGUCGGAGAUGCUGACUGAGAUGGUGCCAGGCCAGGAGGACCCCUCAGACCAUGAGCUUCUGCAGGAGCUCAACCGUACCUGUAGAGCGAUGCAGCAGCGGAUAGUGGAGCUCAUCUCCCGUGUCUCCAACGAGGAGGUGACUGAGGAGCUGCUCCAUGUCAACGAUGACCUCAACAACAUCUUCCUGCGAUAUGAGAGGUAUGAGAGGUACCGCACUGGCAGAGCUGCUCAGAAGGCCAAUAAUGGGGUCCUCAGUGAGGCCACAGAGGACAACCUGAUUGACCUGGGGCCAGGGUCACCUGCAGUGGUCAGUCCCAUGGUGAGCGCCGUUCCCCCCUCCAGCCUGCCCCCAGCGGCCACAGCAGCCACGGCGCCCUCGUCCACGCCGGCCUCCCUGUCCACGCAGCUGGCUGGGCUGGACAUAGGUGCAGACAGCGUGAGUGGCACGCUCAGGUCCCUGCCCAGCUGUAACCCUCAGGAUGACUUUGAAGUGUUUGCUCAGACCAGGACCGGCUCUCAACCAGAGCAGCGUAAAAAUGUGAAGAGUGAAGACCCUCAGGCCUUAGGUGGCCUCGCCUCUGGUCUGGAUGUCAGACAACAGAAUGCUGGAGGGCUGAGGGUAAAAGAUGGUAACGCAGACAUGGAGCCAAUAGACAGCUGGCUUAUUACCCAAGGAAUGAUUCCCGUUGCGCAGUCCUCUGUCAUGGAUGACAUAGAGGAGUGGCUCUGUACUGAUGUGAAGGGGGAUGAGGCUGAAGAGGGUGUGACAAGUGAAGAGUUUGACAAGUUUCUAGAGGAGAGGGCUAAAGCAGCAGAGAUGGUACCAACCUUGCCGUCGCCCCCUAGUGGAGAACCCACUCCCCCAGUGAGCGGCGCCAGUGGGAGUCGCAAGAAACCAGAGAGAUCUGAAGAUGCCCUCUUUGCCUUGUAGCAUUCCAGCAUAACCCUGUCAUCCUCUGACCCCCUGGGCGCAUACUGCUGCACUCUGCCCCAGCUCAGCUACAAUGUACAAGGUCAGCUCUGUGCCAGUACCACGCCCAGUUCAACAACUCCUGGCUCAGCGCACCACUCAUCAUCAAAGAUAUUCAAGACAGCCGUUUUGUAUGUCAUAUUUCCUUUUAGAGUGUAAAAUCUCUUCAGGAGUACGGUUUUGCACGGUUUGGCACCCCCCUCCCCCACCACCCAGCUAUAAAGGGAGAUUAGCCAAGUGCAGUGAGAAAUGGUUAAUGAACAUAGCAACUUUUCCGUCAUGCUGCCUGUAUGAACCCCUGCCAGCAACACAUCUUACUAAAAGAAGCCCCAGUUGAUACAUGUUGGUUGGGACAUACUGGAUUAUUUAAGUAUGUUGUCUGAUAUAUACUUUGGGAUAUUGGGAUAUUGAUCACAUGAAUUUAUCCAAAAUAUUCUUAAUCUUUAAUCUUCAGUGUAUUUAUUAACUUCAUUAAGUUUGUUUUGGUUAUGAUUAGUCAGGUUGUAUUUCUGUAAAUCUGCCUUUGUUGAAACUUGCCAUUUUUAAGGGAAGAGACAGGAAUGAAGGGAGAGAGGGCAUUGUAACGGUGUCUGAGUAUAUCCCCGUCAAAUGCAUUUAUAAGGCUUUACUUGUCUGGGGCUGGACUGGCCUCUCACUGCAUUCUGAAUGCGGCCUGGGACACUACACUUGCUCAUCUUUGAAGCAUUGAAAAGGGAAUUUAAAAGUGAGACAUCUCUGAGUUUUGUUGUGUUACUGUUAAUACCUGUAAAGGUACAUGUCUGUCAAUGAACAUGGAGUCUUUAUUCAGAUAAGUAGUGAACAAUUAUGGUGCAAUUUGAACAAGGCAUGCUGCCACACAGUCAGUAAGUCUUGCUACCCCCCAGAGACACACCCUUUUGUGCUAUGUAUCUUUCAGUUUAGUGACAAACCUCUUAAACAUUAAAACAUUAAGGGAGUUUUUGGAAUACCAUAUUGGCCUGGAAAUAAGACUGUUCUCAUCAUAAGGCAACCUGGUUUGAUGAUGGGCUUUUUUUCAGAAUUACAAAAAAGGUCUAAAAAUGUGAGCAUUGUCUUAGCAUUGAAGGUCCAGCAAACUAUUUUCAUGUUUUGCAAAAACAAAAAUAUAAUUUUCCUAAUAGAAAAUGUUAAGUGCUGCAAUGUCAAUCCAUCAACUUGAUGGCAUUAAAUAAUUUAUGCCAUCUCUUAGAUAUAUUUGCCCAGAUCUUGAACUACUUCGACAUGGUCACUGCAGGUAGGCUCAUCCAUUUCUCUACCACAGUGCACCAAGGCAACUCAUAAAUGCACAUCUUUGCUUAGGCCAAUGACCCCAUAUCUCGCCACUUAGAAUUAGUUUUAACAAUUUUGACUUCUACACGAGUUGUAUUUUUAAAACUCAUAUUUUGGGAGGAAGAACACACCUUAUAUUCAGGCUAAUACUCAAAACUCAAUUGAUACUAGUUAUAGUAUAGUGGUUCAAAACAUUUUUGAAGUACUUUGAACAAGAACAAAUCUGCAGUUAGAUUCCUUUCUGCCCUUGCUGAAAGGCUUAGCUGUGUAUCCUGCCUUAUCAGAAAGUUUACUGAUAGUGUUUUGCUGUGUUUAUUAUGUGUUCACGAUGGUUACGUGGCCAAGCAGGAAUUCCCCAUUUUUUCUGCAGAUAUAAACUUUGGACUCUUCUGUAGUCACUUUCUAAAGCCUUGAAGCGCACUUCAGGAGAGGUUAUUGUGAUACUGAAUAAGUAAAAUUGCGGACCAAAGUUGGAUUACAUUUGGCAGAAAUAGAAAUAAUGAAAAGAAUGAAGGAGUUGCAAAUAUUGCAUUUACUCAUUGUUAUUGAGUAGGUUCACGUAUUUAUUUUAGUGAUUAUUUAAAGGACAGAAGACAUGGAGUAUCUGCAAAAUGGGUAUCUGUAUGUUUCUUUGUAUACAUACAAAAUUAUAUACCCAUGUUCACAUAGACUGUAAACAUAGCUCAGACACUGCAUUUUACUGCAGUUUGUAGUUAUUAUGAAUCACUACCUAAUGUCUGUGUCAGAAGUUCUCCAUAACUCCAGAAUGAUCUGUUUCUUCAUAUACAGUAAACAUAAGAACAUAGAAUUAAUGUUUGUUGAAAUUACCCCUGCCACCCAACUCCUUUUAUUUUUUAUAAAGAUCUUUUGAAAUUCAUAGAAAGAUAAUAUGCAAUGGUCAGAACUAACUAAAGCUUUUUGCAGGAUCAUUUAUUUUUCAAGCAGUGUGUUGGAUCUCCUCUUCUCAAAUUGCAACAUUUCUGGUUGAAACACUUAAUUUUAUUACUGUUUUAGGUUGCAUAACAUAGAGAUUUAACCAACCUGAGAGCAGUGGAGAGGAUGAUUAAAUCACUAGCUGAGGUAUAAAGUAGAAUAUAAUGAGGAUUUCAUAAAAUACUUUAAAUGCUGAUGCUGAAUAGGGUUAAGGGUCAUGCAGGAGAUAUUUGUAAAAGACUUGUGAUGCUAAUGGUCCUUGUCUUGCUUCAUGUCCGUUUCUACAAUAUUGACAAGAAACCAUAAUGAAGAGUGGGCUUUUCUGGUUGUGACCUUUGACUGUGAGCACUAGUCUCCC